AUGACCGUUGGAUCGAUCACUGCGGCAGUCCAACCCUACCAAAAGCAUCGAGGCGGCACGUUUACAGAUGUCUUCGCCGCAGUACCGGGACGGAAAGACAUAGUACUUGAGCUAUUAUCUGUUGACCCUAGUAGUUGCGAUGAUGCGCCAGCAGAAGGUAUCCGUCUGGUCCCCGAGACUGUCUCGGGCAAAUAUUCGGGCCUACUGAGAACCUCCCAACUCAAUAUCGAUAUUGUGGUGCAGAAGCUUGAGGAGCUCACAGUACAGAUCAACGCGGACACUAGACGUUCGAUGACCUCUCUCGAGGUUGCUCACGGCUUUAUCGAUGUAGCAAAUGAGUCCAUGAGCCGCCACAUUCGGGCGCUCACAGAGGCAAAAGGUUUCGAAACCCAGCAACACGCGCUUGCGACCUUUGGCGGUGCUGGAGUUCAACAUGCUUGCGAAAUUGCAAAGAAGCUGGGUAUCAAAAGGAUAGUGAUCCACAAAUACUCCAGUAUUCUCUCAGCGUACGGUAUGGCGCUGGCGGAAGUUAUUCAGGAGACUCAGGAGCCGAGCUCUGAGAUUCUAUCCGAAGAGUUCCUUAGCCAGCUGACGGCCAGGAUGCAGGGCCUUAAAACAAAGGCCACCGAAGGGCUCCUCGCCCAAUGA